CUCUCAAGUCUCAACUAACAAUGGUUGGUUCCUAUUUCUCAGUUUCAGAGUCGUGAAACUUUGACUCGGUUACACAUCUGACUCAGUGAUUCGGGUUCGCUGGUGACCGAGUUAGAUUAACCUCCGCACUAAAAGAUUUCUCUGCUUUGGAUCGAAGUUGAAGUUAUUGAUAUAACUUCUCAAAUUAGAGGAGGAGAUGUUUGGAAACUCUUUAGCUUCACCUUUGGCAACAUUGGGUUCGGCAAAAUGUGUCCGCCACUCUGCAGUUGAUCUUGUAGCAUACAAUAAUGUUUUACCAUUGAGUUUGAACUCGUCGUAUCAUGGUGUGAUUAGAGGAGUAAGGACAUCUCUUGUUUCGCGAAACAAAUGGAUAGUGCUUUGUUCAACAACACAAGUGGAAACCUCUAAUGAAGAUCCAAAGACAUGGGAAGAAUGCAAAGAAGCUUUGUCUUGUUUUGAUUUCAGUGUAGAGGAGAAAGACAAGAUACUAGGAAAAGCGUUUGGUCAUAUCCAUUCGCCGUACUGGACAGAAGAACGAGUGAAAGAGAAUCCAAAGGUGGAAACUUUGAAUCAAAUACUUGAGUUCCUUAGAAGUCUCGGCUUAUCGGACGAAGAUCUGCAUAAGGUGAUGAAGAAAUUCCCGGAAGUACUCGGUUGCAGCUUAGAAGAGGAGAUGAAACCAAACAUUGGGAUCUUGGAAAACCAAUGGGGGAUUUCGGGUAAGCAACUAAAGAACCUGUUGCUUCGGAAUCCGAAAGUGUUGGGAUACAAUGUGGAUUGUAAAGGAGAUUGUAUUGCUCAAUGCACUCGGUGUUGGGUUCGUUUUUAGUGUUUGAUUCUCCAAGCUAAGUGAUCGUUGAUAUUGUACCUAUUUGAGUGUGUUAGCUUAGAGUUAGAGCAAAACCUGAUCUGUAUCUAGUCCUCUGUCUCAGGCUCUCAGCGAGUUAAAUAAACAAUCAUUGAUCUUUGAUUCUUUUAUGUUAAUGAUUUUUAAGAA